AUGAUAUGCCCUCAAGCGCAAGAAUCAAAGCAGGGCAGGAUCGAAGAGCUUAGACCACAAGCAAGCGAGAAGGAAUCCCUCAAAGGAACUGAGGCAAGGUCUUUCCAAUGCGCGCUAAGACAACCACUCAUGUCUACUUAUAAUGCGUACGGACCAGAUCUCUCUCCUGGGAACCCAUUCCCUAGUAAAGAGGUACUGACCAUUGGUUCUAUCGUGCCCCAGUUAACAAGAGCCUCAGAUAGACUAAGGAUCUUAGAAGGGUCAUCUAAAGUAUCAAAACCAAAGAAAAAUAAGGAGCCAAUUGUGAAACUUAAGCCAGUUGCAGAAGAAGUGGUGAAGCAAACAGUACCCAUAAAGAUAAGAAAGGGGGUACUGAAGAGAACGAAGAAAAUUACAACUAAGAAAUAUGAAGGGAGCUCCAAAUUUGAAACUUCAACAAUUGUUACUUCGAUUGCAUUACUACCACCACAAACAUUUAUCAUUCCACCUACAUCAACUACUCCAUUCUCUCCUACUUUUGAUAUUAUGAUGCAAGAGCCAAUCACUACCUUAUUCUCAUCUCAAUUCACUGAGUCUAAGAAUUCUAUUUCUGAAGAUGAAGCAUAUAAUAAUGAUAUGAUGGUUUCGUUUGUCGAGAUGCAGUUUAAUCCUGAAGAAGAUGAUGUGUUAGAUGAAGAAUCAUGUCUGUCUCAAGAGUCUCGUAUGCGAACUCUUAUUGAAGAUGUUUACAAAAGGAUUGAUGAGAACUUGAAAAAUAACUCACGUACUUCUAAUUUUGAAAUAUCGAAAUUACAUGAUGUUUCGAAUGAAUUUCAUGAACUUUUUGAGAAGAUGGUGUCUAGUUCACAAGAAUAUUUUGAGUUGAAGCUUAAGGAGUUGAAUGAUUUUCUUUGA